AUGGACAGGAGAGCACGUGACGCCAUAGGAAUUCCCCGCGCUCGAAAGAAAGAUAUGGAAACGGCUCUUCUAACAGCUAGACAUCCUAAAGAUUCUAAAUUUGGAGAAUGUUUGAUCAACUUGAAUACCAAGAAAGAUCCCCUGUUAAAUUCUCAAUUAACCAAACUCAAGUCGGAAAUGAGGAGAAUGAAACUUCAAGCCAAUCAGGUUAAAGACUAUUUUGUACGCAGAAGUCAAGUGUUGAACUAUGAACCCAUGAUUCUCGUUGAACGUCCGCCAUCUUCUAAGUUUAAACCACAAAUUGUCGGUAUGACUUCGGAGGAAAUUGAAGAUUUAGAAAAACCAGGUUAUAUGAGACGAUUGCGCACACGCUGCAAAACACCGGUGCAGAUUUCCAAGAUCGAAGCGUUCACAAGGAGAACGAGUAAAAAACGUAACGUGUGGGAAAAAUUCGAGGAUGAUAAGUCGUAUUUCACUAGUACAGUUCGCCCAUACAGUAGAUUGAAUAACACGGAGAGAACUGAAUUAAAAUAUGGAUGGAAUCAUCAUAAACCGCAAUAUUCACAAGAAUCCAAUGGAAAACAACUUGUUUCUAAAAAUGAUUGA